UGGGCAUUUUGUAAGGGGAGGAGGAGGGAUGUGUGUAUUUUUAGAGUCACUGUUAAACCUAUACUUUGUUCCGAGAACAAGAUUUCUUUGAAGCAUCAGGAACACUGGAAAUUCAGGCAAUGUAGUCUUCAGAAAUUUCAUUAAGGCUGUACAGAAAACUGAGAUUGUUAAUGAGCUGGUUCUUAAUUCAGUGUUAAUAAUAUAAUGUGACUGAUGUGAAGAGGCAGCAAUGCUCUCAAAUGGCUUAUUUAGAUUUGGACGCGUCUCAUUUUUUAGAGAACAGCCUGUUUUUAAAAUGAAUAUAAAAAUUGUUAGCAACUUUCAACAAUGUCAAUAAAAGCCCUUGUUGGUCGUAUUCCCCGCCAGCAGAGAGCUGUGAGUGAUGCACAUGUCACAGACAGCCAGGGUGCUUCUGAACUGAAAGUCAGAGAACAGAAAGAAGAGACAGCUUGGUCCAGCAGAGGAAUUCUGUUGGUGGAAGUUCUGGAUUCAGUCCUGGUAUUCUGGGGCCUUGAGGGGUAAAAAAGGAAAAUGAGAUUUGCCUUUUUUUCUUUCCUUAUGUCUUUAUGCUUUUUGCAUGUUUGAAUUGCAGUAUCUUCCAGGACAGGGUAUUCUCUGCUGUGUUUAUGAAUGAACAGCAGAAGGGCAAGGAAGCAGACUGAGAAAAUGUAGGAAAUGCUUUGUGCGUACAAACUAUGAUAAUAAUAGAUAGGGAAAAAGUGUAAUGUUAUUUUUGCAUAUGUAAGCAGUUGGGUUUUUAAUGUGUUGGUGGGCAUUUGGUAGCAGUGCUGAUGGUGAAUGUAAUCUCUUUAACAGUGCUGGUUCACUAGCCACAGGCUGCUGUUACUUCCUCAUAGCACCUCAAAAAAAACUUGAACACAGUAUCCUAGUUUCUGUAAAAAUGAAUAUUUUUGUACUGUAGUUUGCCAAAGAACAGGCAAGUCAGCAGGCUCUGCCUUAGAGCUCUUUCCCGGUUCUAAAGCAGCGUCUUGCCAACCUUUGAUUGUUUUAGGUAGCAGCUCACAGUUACAGUAUUUCCUUAUUUUUGUUUUCCAAAUACAGUAAUUGUGCAGAUUGUCAGGGCAGUUCAAGUUGAUCAUGUACCUGAAAUGCUUUUAAACUCGUGUCUGUCCAAAGCUGACUAGAGGACAGGCUGUCUCUGUCUGUGACAGUCUGUUGUGUCUCAUUUUAGUUAGUCCUGCGUGCCUGGUUGUGUUCACAAAGUGCACUCUAAGUCAAGUACUUCUUGCAACUUUAUUUGCACUUCAGGCUUGUGGGAAUAUUCAGUUUCUCCCAGACUGUGGAGUUACAAUGAUGUCUUUGUUUGCUCUGUGUGGACUGAGCAUUCCUUAGGGAAGAACUGAGGUAAUCAGGGAGGAUCACAUUUCAACAUGACAUGAAAGCAAGUAUUUUCUUGGGUGACUUACAGAGUUUUUUAAAGUACCUCCAAGUGUGCAGAUGAGUCUGAGAAAGGGCCUGCUAUAUGAAAUUUGCUUAAAAUACACUCUUCUGCUGAUUGAUAAUUCUUGUGUGUCAAAUGACAAUUUUGUAUUUCUGUAAUGGGUGAAUAUUUACAUACAAACAUUUGUGUGUGUGAGAAGUGAGAUCUGUAACUCUUCAGAUGUACUUGUCUUAUUUCUGUUUUUAGCAGGGUUGAGAUGUAUUUCAUCUAUUGAAAAAGUCACUAAUUCCCAGUUUUAUACUGUCUUUGCUCCUUGUUUAUUAAGUUUCAACAUUUAGUUUUGUGCAUCAGGGAGGUAAAACCUGUUUCUAUGAUGAAACUUCUUGUGUUCUUACAUGGUUUGUAACGCAACUCAAAGUGAAACCAGAAACUCCCAGACCUUCUGUAACAGGGAACAGCUUGGAAAUGUCACCAAGGAGCAAGAAAACUAAUUUUACUCAACAUUGUUGAUGUAAUUUAGUUUUCCAAGAUAGGUCUUCAGGAUAAGAAAAAUGAGUUAAGCAGGUCUUAACUUCAGCUCUUCAAUUAGGCAUCACAGUUUGCUGUGAUUCCAUUGCAGCCAGACAUUAACUGUGAUCAUUUUCCUGCUCACUAGCCUCUCUGUCAUUGGAAAAAUAAUGCAGAUUUUCAAAAUGCUAAGAAAAAAAAUCUGAAAAUCAUUUCUUUUGCCCUCUUUCUCCCUCAGUCAUUAAAUAAUUUAUUCAUUUGGCAAAAGGAGUCCUUUGCAUUAGCUGUUAUUUCUACAAAUUAAUUUCAUUUAGGUUCAGUAAUUUUUUCUGGGCAUGUUUUAAUGAGAAAAAAUAAUAAUGAUACUCUUCAGAGUAUCUUUCUGUACAGCUUUGCUCAUAUUUUAGUGUCUACUAGAGUGACAUGUGGCUAAGUAUGGCAUUUGUUAAAUCACAGACUCAUGGAAUGGUUUGGGUUGGAAGGGACCUUAAAACUCAUCUUGUUCCAACCCCUGCCAUGGGGACACCUUCCACUACAUGCCUGUUUUCAUUUCAGUCUUUGUGAAAUUUAAGAACUAAUGUCUUACUUGUUUUUAGCCAGGAGCAAUGAGAAGACUGGAGUAGAAAUUCACAAUGGAGGCCAGAUCCGUGGUCAUCGGUGUGGAGGGGAUGACCUGCAAUUCCUGUGUUCAGACCAUUGAGCAGCAUGUUGGGAAGAUGAAUGGGAUCCAUAACAUUAAAGUCUCUCUGGAGGAUAAGAAUGCUGUCAUCAUUUAUGACCCCAAGCUCCAGACUCCAGGGAUGCUGCAGGAAGCCAUCUAUGACAUGGGAUUUGAUGCUACACUGGCUGAUUCAAACCCACAACCUGUUGUACCUGACACUAUUUUCCUUACCAUCCCUCCCCAGUCAGCCCUAACACCCAGACAGAUCUGUACCACGCUGCUGAAGAACAAAGGGAUCCUGGAUGUGAAAGUCUCCUCUGACCAAAAAACUGCAGUGGUGACUUUCAUUUCUUCCAUCAUAAAUGGCAGACAGAUUAUCCAGCUGGUCCCAGGAGUAGAUUUAAAUCUCUCUGCAGCAGAGGUGACCCCUGGCAGUUGGGAAGAUGCCGUCUGGUCUCAGGCGAGCAGUGCUGUGCUGCGCCUGAAGGUGGACGGGAUGACCUGUCACUCCUGCACCAGCACCAUCGAGGGCAGGCUUGGAAAACUGCAAGGAAUUCAGCGGGUUAGAGUGUCUCUGGACAAUCAGGAAGCUGUUGUUAUCUACCAGCCUCACCUAAUUACAGCAGAAGAAAUAAAACAUCAAAUUGAAGCAGCGGGUUUCGCAGCAUCCUUCAAAAAGCAGCCCAGAGCCCUGAAGCUCAGUGCCAUUGACCUGGAGAGGCUGAGGAAUGCUCAGCCCAAAGGCUCUGAGCCAGCCCAGAGGGAAAACUGCAGUGGGCCUGGGACCAGGACAGUUGUGUUCAGAGUGGAUGGGAUGCACUGCGAUUCCUGCGUCCUCAACAUCCAGGGCACUGUGUCAGCGCUCCCGGCAGUAACAGGGGUCGUUGUUUCCUUAGAGAAGAAAUCUGCUGUUAUAAACUAUAACCCAAACUUCAUUAGCAUAGACAGGCUGAGGAAAGCCAUAGAGGCCGUGUCUCCAGAGACGUUCAAAGUCAGCCUUCCUGAGGAGUGUGAAAACCUGGCACUUUUCCCCCCGCUGGCGUCUCCCCUGAAAUCUCACACAGCUCUGAAGGAUCCCAGCCAGCCACUUACUCAAGUUGUUGUGAUCAAUAUUGAGGGGAUGACCUGCAGCUCUUGUGUGCAGUCCAUCGAGGGAGUCAUAUCCCAAAAGCCAGGUGUGAAAUCCAUUCAUGUCUCUCUCUCAAAUGGAAACGGGACUAUAGAAUAUGACCCGCUGCAAACAAGCCCAGAAGACCUGCGGUCCUCAAUAGAGGACAUGGGAUUCGAUGCCUCUUUUCCAGCAAAGGCAGAACUGCCUGUGGCCACAGCUCAGCCCUCACCUGAAGCACAGCUGGACUCUCACAAACCUGAGCCAUCCUCCAAAGUGCCCCCAGCCCACCUCGGGAGGCAGGAGACAAAGACCAUCUCCAAGUGCUAUGUCCAGGUCACAGGAAUGACAUGUGCUUCGUGUGUAGCCAACAUCGAGAGGAAUUUGAGGAGGGAAGAUGGAAUACAUUCCAUCCUUGUUGCCCUGAUGGCGGGAAAGGCAGAGGUGAGGUAUAACCCUGCUGUCAUACACCCUUCAGCCAUUGCAGAGCUCAUUCGGGAGCUGGGAUUCGGAGCCACCGUGAUGGAAAACUGUGGUGAAGGAGAUGGAAUCCUGGAACUUGUUGUGAGAGGGAUGACAUGUGCUUCUUGUGUGCACAAGAUAGAAUCCACCCUCAUGAAGACUAAUGGUGUUUUAUACUGCUCAGUAGCUCUUGCAACCAACAAAGCACACAUCAAAUAUGACCCUGAGGCUGUUGGUCCUCGAGAUGUUAUACAAGUGAUAAAGGAUUUAGGUUUCACUACUUCCUUAGUCAAAAAGGAUAGAUCUGCCAGUCAUCUGGAUCACAAACAGGAAAUCAGACAGUGGAAAAGGUCUUUUGUCGUGAGCUUUGUUUUCUGUAUCCCUGUCAUGGGGCUGAUGAUUUACAUGAUGGUGAUGAACAGUCAUCCUUCGGAUGCUCACACACAUCACAACAUGAGCAGCCAGGAGAGGGAGGCCUCUCACUCCUCCAUGGUCCUGGAUUACCAGCUCCUGCCAGGAUUGUCUGUUAUGAAUUUUCUGUCAUUUUUGCUCUGUGUCCCUGUACAGGUGUUUGGAGGGUGGCACUUCUACAUCCAGGCGUACAGGGCGCUGAAACACAGCACUGCAAACAUGGAUGUGCUCGUCGUGUUGGCCACCUCCAUCGCCUUCCUCUACUCCUUCGUUAUUCUCCUGGUGGCAAUGGCUGAGAAGGCAAAAGUAAACCCUGUCACGUUCUUUGACACCCCCCCGAUGCUGUUCGUGUUCAUCUCGCUGGGCCGGUGGCUGGAGCACGUGGCAAAGGGUAAAACCUCAGAAGCCCUGGCAAGACUAAUUUCAUUACAAGCUACUGAAGCUACUAUUGUUACCUUGGGCCCUGAUAACGUUCUUUUAAGUGAAGAGCAAGUCGAUGUUGAGCUGGUUCAACGGGGUGACAUUGUCAAAGUGGUCCCAGGAGGCAAAUUCCCCGUGGAUGGUCGUGUUAUUGAAGGACACUCCAUGGUAGAUGAAUCUCUCAUCACAGGUGAGGCCAUGCCUGUGACUAAGAAGCCUGGGAACACAGUCAUUGCAGGGUCCAUCAACCAGAACGGGUCCCUGCUCAUCGCCGCGACCCACGUCGGGGCUGACACCACUCUGUCCCAGAUUGUUAAACUCGUGGAGGAGGCCCAGACCUCAAAGGCUCCCAUCCAGCAAUUUGCAGACAAACUUAGUGGCUACUUUGUUCCUUUUAUUGUGGCUGUCUCUGUGGUUACCCUUCUUGCCUGGAUUAUAAUUGGGUUUGUAGAUUUUGGAAUAGUGGAAAAAUACUUUCUGGGUUCCAGCGAGAGCCUCUCCUCGGCAGAGGUGAUCGUCCGCUUCGCCUUCCAGGCCUCCAUCACGGUGCUGUGCAUCGCCUGCCCCUGCUCCCUGGGCCUGGCCACCCCCACCGCCGUCAUGGUGGGCACGGGUGUGGGGGCCCAGAACGGCAUCCUCAUCAAGGGGGGGGAGCCCCUGGAGAUGGCACACAAGGUGAAGGUGGUUGUGUUUGACAAAACAGGGACCAUCACCCACGGGACUCCAGAAGUGAUGCAGGUGAAGUUUCUGGUGGAGGGUAACCAACUGCCUUGUCAUAAACUGCUGGCAAUAGUGGGGACUGCAGAGAGUAACAGUGAGCACCCCCUUGGAGCAGCAAUAACCAAGUACUGCAAAAAGGAACUGGACUUGGAAACCCUUGGAACAUGUACAGAUUUUCAGGUAGUUCCAGGCUGUGGCAUUAGUUGUAAAGUCACCAAUAUUGAAGCAUUGCUCUACAGGAAAAAUAGAAUGGUUGAAGAAAACAAUAUUAAAAAUGCAACUCUCGUGAAAAUUGAGGAAAAUACAGAUGAAUCGGUGCAACCUGCUUUGAUUAUUGAUGCUGAGCUACCAACUACCAUGACUUCUCAGAAAUACUCUGUUCUCAUUGGGAACCGGGAGUGGAUGACCAGGAACGGGCUCCUUGUGAGGAGUGAGGUUGACAAAGCCAUGAUGGAGCACGAGCGGAGGGGCCGCACGGCCGUUCUGGCAGCUGUGGAUGGAGUGCUGUGUGGCUUGAUAGCUAUUGCUGAUACUGUGAAGCCAGAGGCUGAGCUGGCAGUCUACACUUUGAAGAGCAUGGGGUUAGAAGUUGUCCUCAUGACUGGUGACAACAGCAAAACAGCUCGAUCCAUUGCCUCUCAGGUUGGCAUCACCAAAGUGUUCGCAGAGGUUCUUCCCUCCCACAAAGUGGCCAAAGUGAAGCAGCUGCAGGACGAGGGGAAGCGGGUGGCGAUGGUGGGGGACGGGAUCAACGACUCCCCGGCCCUUGCCAUGGCCAACGUGGGCAUCGCCAUCGGCACCGGCACCGACGUGGCCAUCGAGGCAGCUGACGUGGUGCUCAUCAGGGAUGACUUGAUGGAUGUGGUAGCAAGCAUAGAUUUAUCAAGGAAAACUGUGAAGAGGAUCCGGAUCAACUUUGUCUUUGCUCUGAUUUAUAACCUCAUUGGAGUUCCCAUAGCUGCAGGUGUCUUCCUGCCCAUUGGGUUGGUUUUGCAGCCCUGGAUGGGAUCUGCAGCAAUGGCUGCCUCCUCUGUCUCUGUUGUGCUGUCUUCUUUGCUGUUAAAGAUGUACCAGAAACCAAGACCUGAGAAACUGGAGUUCAGGGCCCGUGGCCAAAUGAGGCACAAGAGCCCGUCAGAGAUCAGUGUCCACGUUGGCAUUGAUGAGGCUGGGCCUGGCUCCCCCAAGCUGAGCCUGAUGGAUCGAAUCCUGCAUUACAGCAGAGCCUCCAUAAACUCUCUGUUCUCAGACAAGCGCUCCGUGAGCAGCAUCGUCCUCAACGAGCCAGACAAGCACUCGCUGCUGGUGGGGGAUUUUGGAGAGGACGAUGACACGGCCUUAUGAGAGACCUGAACCCCCUCCUCCCACCCCCACUAGGGCAAAACAAAGAAAAACACCUGGAACAAAAUGAAAACACAACCAAAACAGCUGUCUGAGGUCUGUGCAUGUACUGAUCCCUCUGGAGGUCUUUCUUCUUCAGUGUAGAGGUACUUUUUGCAGUGACUUUCCAGAGUAUUUUUUGUUGUUUUUUUUUUUUUAAUCUAGACUUACCAAAAAAUCUGGUGCAUAGCUGUUGAUGCUGACAAACAGGGCUGUGUUCCCAUUCCAUGAAGCUUGCAGUAUAGCAUUUAUUUUGGCAAAUUGUCAAAAUACAACUAAGGAAACCAAGGAACCAGAACAAUAUUUCCCAGCCUUAUACCAGGCUGCUUUAUGCAUAGUCGAGUUCAGUACUGUGUUGAAAAAGUGUGAAUUACUGCAUCUGCAAAGUCUGGAGGUUCUGUUUGCAGAGAGAUGUGCCUUACUCCAGAACUUCCUGAACCCCUCUCGUUUCCAUGGCCUGCCUUCUGCCAGAAGUGGUUCCUCUCAAAUGCCUUUUCAUUUUGUAAACAUCUGGCUUCAGCUUUUCACACUCUGAGCUUCAGCUGAUCUCCCCGUGUGAUCCGGGUUCCUGCAGGGCACAGACAGAGAGCUUUGGGGUCGCACCCACCCUGAGCUCUGCACCUCGUGCCCUGGGACACUCCUGCUACUGACACUGCUUGAAGGUUGGCUGGGUUGGGAGGUUUGUUCAUUCCCAGCCUCUCCUAAGCCAAAAACUUCUGCAACAUGUGAAUGCAAUAUCAGUGUGAUGUGGUGUCAGCCAAAGUGUUCAGAUUUGGGAAGGCAGUGUAGUUACUGCUCACCACCAGUGGCUGCUGGCACUCCUUAAAUGAAUCAGGAGAGUUUGUCACACAGACUACCUUUAAAAUCUUUACAGUUCAGUCUUUCCUUCUAAAGAUAAAUGUCUGUGUAGCAGGAAUGGUUCAGAAUCCCUCCAUGGGUUCAUGCAAACCCCCUUUGCUGGCACUGUUCAGAUCCAGGCUUUGUGAAUUGAGACAGUCCUCGUUUGCUACUGAACUGCAAUAUCAAAAUGCAGGUUUUGAUCAUGAAAUCAUUAAUACUAAAAAUACCCUUGGUGAGAAAAGAGGUGUUCAUCACCCAGUAGCUGGUUACCUGUUGGUUACUCCCUGAGCCUGCUGCUGAGGUGGCUGUUGGCAGCAAUUCCUGGGAUCAGUGAAGUUGGAUUUCAUUAGGAAGUACAGCCCGUGGUGUAAACAUGUACCAGUCGUGCUUGUGGAGGAGAAAUACUCGGUUCAGUUUGGCAUGUGAUAAAGAGAUCUCUGUAAUGUUCUGGUUCUUAACUUCAAGCCUGAUGUCAGGGCCUAGACUGUGUGUGUAAAAAGUCAUGAGUAAACAGCUUCUGCAUUUUAUCUGAGAAAAGUCCUGCUGUAUGAGAGCAGAAGAGCUGUGCUGUGGCUGUUGUCAGUAAAUCAGUGUACUCACAUUGCAGUGAGGAGAACAGCAUCAUGUGUUGCUUCCGCUAGUUUAAGAAACAAAAUAUUUCUGUUGCAGGAUUUUUGAUUUUUAAUAUUUCUAAGGAAAACAGAGUAUUUUUAAAAAUUAGAUUAUAGCUGUAUGUAAUAGGUAGUGUUGUUACAUGCUGAGAUCCAUCACUGCAAAGCCAUUCCAUGAGGUGUUCUCCCUUUGCAGCAGCAGAGCUGUUCUUACAAAGCAGAUUGUUACCCGACGGCUGUUUAAUCAUGUUAUGAUGGGUUUUAGUGCUUCACAGUCAUGCAAACUGUUUCCAAGGAUUUCAGUUUCCUUGUUUAUCCACCCUGGUUCUCGGUGUUGUUCUUGGCACGGUUCUGCAGGUGAAAGGGAAGUGUUUAGCUGGUUUUGAUUGUGCUGUGGGUGGUCUCAGUCACUGCUCCUGGCGGGAGUUUCAGGGCUCCAGGUGCUGGUUGUGGAGUGGAUGGCAUGGAAAUGACACAUCAGGCUCUUCCUGCUGGAAAUGGGGAGGUGGUUCAGGGCUAAAUUCCUGGUUGGUAGAUAAAGCAGCAUGAAGAACUUGUUAAACUCUUUCCAAGUAUAUUUUUAGAGCACUUUGCCUCUUGUUGUCCAAACUGUAUGUAGGUGAAUGUUUACAGCAGACUGCUGCCUUUAUCUCCAACCUUGUCCCAACACAGAUGUUUUUCCAUGUUUACCAUUUUCUGUGAAACUCAGUGUUUGAUCCUGUUACAACAAAAUAAGGCUCCUUUUCCAAACCAGGAUACCUAAUGAUGUGCAGAGAUGAUUAUCAGGGAAAAAGGAGCAGUAAAUGCUGGCUGGGAGGGAUGUAGAGCAGCUUGUAGGGACAGCCAGAGGACCAGACCCUGGGGAGAGGAAAUAACUGAGCCCAAGGAUGGAUGGGGACAAGGUGGUUGGGAUAAAUUCAACCCAGAUCUUUGAAAGCAGGUUGUCUGUCCAACACUCCCCAAAGGUGUGCUAAUGACUUCCACAAUGUUUAUCUUGUGAUUAAAAUAUUACAUAAGGUGCUUUAUGUUGAAAAACCAAAAUGUCUUUCAGUUUGAAUGUACAGUGCAAAUGGAAUAAUGUGGGAGCUAAAUGUAAAUGUUUUAAUAUGUAAAUAGGUUUAUUCCUGUUGUAGACAGUUUGGAUUCAGAAAUUUAAAAUAUCACUUGGAAACACACAGUUACAAACAAAAUUGUAUUACUCCUUUGUCUAUUUUAUUGUUUUCUGUGUCUAUUUAUAAAACCUGUGCUCUAUUUAAUAAAAAAGUAUAUUUGCUCCAGGUUUUAAAAGUUGCUCUUUGAAUCUUACCAAACUUAUUUAAACUUCUAAGAGUUCAAAACACUUGAAGUUUUAUACCAAAAAAAAGAACGUGAAGUUGACAACACAAUUGAAGCAAGUAAACAUUUUUAUUUAUUAAAAACUAUGCCUAUUUUUUUGCUUAGAACUUCCAACAAAAUGUUUUAAACUUGAGAAUUUUUUUUAUUCAAUUUUGCUAUGAAGAAUGGAGAAGUGAAUGCUGGUGUGGAAUGUUAAUGCAGGGCUGUUACAGUACUUUGCAUCUAGAAACAUUUUCUCAUGCUUUCUAUUCUUUUAAGACUGUGCCUCCAUCAUUAUAAUGGCAAUUACAAGUCAUGUAAUAAAAAUGUGACUGAAGGCUGUUUUAAA